AUGCCAUUUGCAGUCCCCGUCGUUGACAUUGGGCCGUACGUGCAGCAAGACGGUACGCCGGAACAGCGAGCCAUCGUUGCGGCUGCAAUCGACGAAGCGUGCCGAACUUUUGGGUUCAUCCAAGUCAUCGGCCACGGUGUGCCCACUGCGCUGACCAAUGGUCUGGCCGAGGCCAUCGACGAGUUCUUUCGCCUGGAUCUGGAAGUCAAAAAGGCAUAUCGCACACCUCCCGAAGUCAACCGUGGCUACACGGCUCCAAAGUCCGAAUCGCUCUCGCUCUCGCUAGGCUACGAGUCUUCAAGUCGUAUGAAGGACUUUUUUGAAGCUUUCAAUGUCGGCCUUGCCAAGAGCGACUUUCCAAAUCUCCCUGUCGAUUCGAAACAUUACCCGGAGAAUGUAUGGCCGUCCACUGAGCAUGCGCCAACGUUCAAGCACCGCGUCCAGUCCUACUUCGUAGAGGCAGGUCGCGUCGCCCGUACAAUGACACGCACCUUUGCCGACGCACUCAGCCUUCCACCAGACUUUUUUGAAGCGCACACCGACCAUUCCAUAGACGUGCUGCGCAUGAACAUCAUGCCUUGCCCAAAGGCACUGAGGUGCGCCUCGACGGCAAAGAUGACCUGAUGGGCAUGGGAGCACACACCGAUUUCGGCAUAGUCACCGUCUUGUGGGCGGACCAAGUACGCGGUCUGCAAGUCCUAGAUGCCCAAGGCAGCUGGCACGACGUGUCGCCCAUGGAAGGUGCCCUGCUUAUCAAUUUGGGCGAUCUUACGGCACGAUGGACAAACGAGCGAUGGACCAGCACUUUGCAUCGUGUCAAACCACCCAUUUUGGAAAAUGGCACCGUCGAGCGUAGACGAAGCGCGGCCUACUUUCACGAUGGAAACGCCGAAGCGCUCAUUACCACCAUUCCCAGCACCAUUGCUGAAGGCCAAGCACCGCUGUAUGACCCAAUCACAGUUGGGGAUCAUAUCGCCGCAAAGCUGGGCGGCUCUCGAGCUGGUCGAAGGAACGAGGCAGGUCGCGAGACUCAGCGCGUGCUCGCGGCCACUGGGUGA